GCUACACUAAUACAAUGACAAAGGGGAAAAUAGCCUAAUUUCUGAAUACUAUUUUCGCACAGAAUGGAUUAAGCCUAUCUGUAACCAAUGGGAGAAAUGCCGUUCAGGUAAUUUUCAGUAGUUACUGUGACUAAAGAGUGCAGACUUUCCUUCCCAGAAAAAGCAAAGUCUGUAAAGUAAUUUCAUGCUCAGACGAGUGAAUGGGUCAUCCAUAGAACAACUGAUCAAUUGUAUUUCUUUCAUUAUAUUUACUGAGCAUUUCGACCACAUCCUGGGAAAACACUCAACGUGAGGAUGAGUACACUGGGAGAGAGCAAAUAUUUCACUUUUUGCUAGAGCAGAAGUUGUAGCUUACAUAAAUAUAAACAAAAAACAAGACUAAAAAUGCCUAAAGGAAAUAUGGAAUAUCAGCCUUUGCUUCAAGGAAUCACAGAAACAAAAGAGAAAAAAAAGUUUCCAAACAAAUCUAUUCUACUGGCAGUUUGUGCAGCUUGCAUUGGAGGGACCUUUCAAUAUGGUUAUAAUAUUUCAAUCAUCAAUGCCCCCACUAAGCCUGUACAGAAUUUCAUCAACCAAACGUGGCGGGAACGCUAUAACGAGGACAUCUCAGAAAAACACCUCACUCUACUGUGGUCUAGUAUUGUGUCCAUUUUCACAAUAGGUGGAUUGGUUGGAGCAACUACAGGUGGAACACUGGCCAUUAGAUUUGGAAGAAAAGGGACACUGAUGAUGAACAACGCAUUUGCCUUACUGGCUGCUCUGCUGAUGGGCCUUAGCUACCCCACUGGUAUAUUUGAACUGCUCAUCAUUGGACGUUUUUUCACUGGAGUAAAUGCGGGCAUUGGCAUCUGCGUUCAGCCGCAGUACCUGGGAGAAAUUGCCCCACGGGCGCUUCGUGGCUCGAUGGCAAUGGGGACCUCGAUCUUCAUAACGGGAGGAAUCUUGACCGGACAGGUGAUGGGGCUUAAUGAACUGCUGGGUAAAGAUGAGUACUGGCCCAUUCUGCUGUCCACCACCUGCAUCCCAGCGAUUCUGCAGCUCCUCAUACUGCCCUGGUUCCCAGAGAGCCCUCGCUACUUGCUGAUUGACAGAGGAGAUGACCUUGGAUGUAGAAAGGCGAUGAAGCAGCUCCACGGCACAAAUAACUUUGACUCGGAGAGGGAGGACAUGGAGAGGGAAAGGAUCAGUGCCCUGGGGAUCAAACCCAAGAAGCCCUGGGAGCUGUUCAUGGACCGCAGCCUCCGCUGGCAAGUCAUAACCAUCAUCCUGAUCAACGCCGCCCAGCAGCUCAACGGGAUCAAUGCUAUUUAUUUCUAUGCAGAUUAUGUGUUUGAGGAGGCAGGAAUACCAGCCGUUAACAUACCCUAUGUAACUGUAGGCACCGGAGCCUGUGAAUGCCUCACUGCCCUCACCUGUGGCAUGCUGAUUGAAUCUCUGGGACGAAAAGUGCUUAUAAUUGGAGGCUACACACUUAUGGCUAUCUGGUGUAUUUUUUUCACUCUGACUCUCACCUUCCAAGAAGCAGGCCCAUGGAUACCUUAUCUUAGUAUGGGAUGCAUCUUUGCUUUCAUUCUCAGCUUUGGCUUGGGACCAGGUGGUGUGACAAAUAUUUUAACCACAGAGUUAUUCACUCAAACGUCACGGCCUGCUGCGUACAUGAUCAGCGGAACUGUGAACUGGCUCAGCUUCUUCUUGAUUGGCAUGGUGUUUCCAUUCAUUGUGACUAAGCUCCAGCAGUACUGUUUCCUGGGGUUCUUGGUUAUUUGUGUCUUAGUGGCUGUAUACAUAUUUAUGAUAGUCCCAGAGACAAAGAACAAAACCUUCCUGGAGAUCUAUACAGAGUUCCAGUCUGUAGAGAAGAGGAAAGCUUCCAAAGGAGAUGAUGGUCCAAGGACAACGCUGUUGACAACCCCUCUGUGAAACACAGUUAAUGUGUUUCCUACGAGGACUUGUCAAGUCUGUACACACUUGCCUGUUAUUGACCAACUAGUGUUAUUUCAUUUCAGUAUCAUAUUGAUACAGAGUUCCAAUGCACUAAUAAUAACAGCUUUGAAAUUACGUAUAUAUAAUACCAGAUGAACAAUCACGUUUGCAUAAUGUCUAACUCCCUUUGUUAUUUACUUUCAAUUAAAAGUAGCAGUAUAUAAAGAUAUACUUUGCUUUUUAACCCCCGACCCUCCCCGUCCAAAUAUCAGCCUCUUUAACUAACAUUCCAUUACAUGCCACUCCUCGGCAUUCUCAAGUUUUAGCACAUGACAUGAAGUACAGGGAGUGGAAUGUCAAUUAAAGAGUAGUGUAUUCAGGCAAACUGUCCACUCUGAAGACAGAAGAAAACCAAAAAGCUACUAUAUGUACAUUGCUACAAACACCUAUUGUUUGAGAAUGCAGUCCGCAGUUGAACAUUUCCCUCAAGUUCACUUUAGCGAUGGAUUUUCAUAAAUGUUGGGCAAUCGCUCCCAUCACCCAGAUAUCAAAUGAAACAUUCCUAAGUCCUACAAAUCAAAUCUCAGGAUACCCAGUACACCACCAUUCUGAAAUAAGCCUCCUCAUAUGCAACAUUUCUGACGUAAAUGCACCGAAGAGGAUUAUGACAUUUCCUGUUACAGUGGUUCCUCAAUUCUCUCAACUGUACAGUUUGCAUGUAAAACUGCACUCUGAUAUUUUGAUAUAAUAACCAAUCCUGGACCUGGUCCCAGAAACAAGCCACCAAUGGAGAGUACCAGAAGAGAUGAUCUAAUGACUCCUCAAAGUAGAGUCUGCCCAGGCCACACUGUUCAUUGCCCAUACAUUCAUUAUUAUUUUAUAAGCAGGUACUCUAUAUAACAGCUUAAAUUAAAAAGGGUGUAUGGAUGUGCCCACUGUCUUAUUCAUCCCUUCAUAGAACCGAUGCCAUGGUAUCAAUGAACUGUGUUGAAUUUUAUGAUGCCUAGCUGACAAACCUUUUGACCAUAAUAGAAACAGAUACAUUUUAAAAAUGAUACUAUGUGUAUAAAACUAUUUUGUUCCAUCUCUGGUCUUUGAUUAAUGGCAAACCUACUACUAAUGAAUUAUUCAAUUUUUUUAGUAAUUGUCCCUUCCAGUUUUGUGGUAGAGUUGUGUCAUGGAAAAAACACCAGGAGAAAUGGAUGUAAGUAGAUAGCUUUAUUACAAAGCUUUAUUCAGGCAAAAUGGAAGGGUAAAUACUCAAAGUAAAACAUUUAAAUAGUUAGUGCAUAAAACUCUGACUAAGUAGGUCUUUCAAUACAAUGGACAAUUUAGAGCAUAGAAAGUACUAAACAGAACCAGUUUCAUCUUGUUUUAUAAGUGUUAGACAUCUUUAGAGAUUUUGGUCUUGACUAGUGUACCAUUUGCUCUGCACUUUCUGUGGUCCCAUACAGAAUAAAACAUUUUCUGUCAAAUAAGA